GGGACGCCGCUCAGUUGCCAUAUGAGUAUGACUCAUCUAUGCAUGUGUUUUUUCUCAUAGACAGAGAGAUUUGCUCAGGUAUUGUUUGGGUGAGACAAUUAGUAUACCACUUCCAUCUUCUUCUUCCUCGAUCAUCAGACUUCAGAGAGAGCCUGAUUAAAGAAUGGAGAACGCUCUAACAAAAGUUAUUGGGAGCAAUUGGAUUGCCAAAAAAGCCAAGGAAGAGAUCAACAGCAUCACUGAUGACCUCUCUUUACUCUCAAACGCUGUGGAGGGAAAGGCAAAAUGGGUUUUCAACAAGCUUAAAGGCAAGCCACUGAGAACUUUGCCGGAUCUUCUCCGGCUGUACAAUCUUCCUCCAGGCCUGUUUCCCCGAAACAUAAAAUGCUACGAGUUCGACGAAUCAAAGGGGAAGCUCAUUGUGUACUUGACCUCUGCCUGUGAGGUGAGCUUCAAGGACUCAUCUGUGGUAAGGUACGCAGUUCGAGUCAAAGCAACAUUGACAAGGGGAAAGCUGGAUGUAAUAGAAGGAAUGAAGACAAAGGUUAUGCUGGUUUAUAUCAAAGUCACUAGUGUAGCUGUAGAAGGCUACAAGUCUGAUAAAGUUUGGUUCACUGCUGGGUUGAAGAGAUCAAGACCCAAAGAUGCCUACGAAAUGCCUCGUGAUGCCUUCAGUGUUGAUGAAUUUUAAGAAAUUUUUUUUCUUUUUUUUUUUGGAAAUUUAAGAAUUAUGUAUCUUUUUUUAUUCAGUACGUGCUAUAUUAAUUCAUUGUUUCUCAAAACAUAUAUAAUUUUGGGGUUGUAGAGGUCCAAAGAGGAUCAACUACGUUUAGAUAAGGCUAGGUUUACGGUUUAAGCUGUAAAUCGCUAAAAGCUUUAAUUCAUAAUUAUCCACA